AAAGACUUCAUCCACAAAUACCCGCAUGGGGCUGGAAGAGGAGGAAGGCGAGACAAGAGCCGGUGACCUCACGCGCACUGCACACCUGAACUUUUUCCUGCAUGCUUGUCUUUUUCUCUCUCUCAUUAGAAAUAACAAGCAUCUUGCGCAAGGAUAUCAUCAAACUCUUUGUGAUCAUGGAGUGAAAGUGUUGUAGACACGGCCCCGGGGGGGAAGCUAAGUGUGUGACUGCAGAGAAGUGACGCCCUGCCUGCAUCCAGAUGUUUCAUGUUUCGCCUGCGCGCUCUUUGGAAAAGGUCUGCUCGCAGAGGGAAUAGGGGGAUCCUGAACGUAUUGUCCAAGGUCCAUGUCACAGACUGAGGUUGAGAAAUCGAUGAAAACCAUGCUUUUUGCAUAGUGUGUUCGGAUUUUAAUCCAGGUUUAACUUUUUUUCCCCUCUGGAGAAUGGAGAGCAGCAAACUGAGAACGCUCAUGCUGCUGGAGAUACAUUUGCUGUGGGUCUUUGCGCUGUCUGUGCAGGGACACUCCAGUCCCAAUCAGGAGAAUGUGAUCGACCUUCUGGCAGCUCUAAACAUGUCCCAUCACACAAGUGGCGUGGCCAGACUGCAGAGUCCCGGCAGUUUGAUUUAUAAAAUACGUCCCAGAGCACCGUACCUGACUCUUCCUCGUGAAUAUUCCCACUUCUUGUACUCCAACCUUCAGGGAGGCAUGGGGGUGCAUUUGGUGGGGCAUCAGACGUCCAGCUCAAGUGCUACUCUUUUUUCUCUCUCCUCUGCGUCCUCACCCUUUCUCCAAAUCAUCUCCUCCACCCUAAAUAACACUCUGCGUUUGGACUACCAGGCCGGAGGAGGAGCUCAGGGCCUUGCCAGCUUUCACUUCCCCAGGAGAAACCCCUUCUCCGGGGAGGAGUGGGUGCAGUUGGCUGUGAGCCUGGAACCUGACAGGCUGGUAUUUUUUGUAGACUGUCAAGAAGCCGUGGUUCUACCGAUAAAAAGUGAAGAGAGAUUCAACCUGGAGCUUCCUCGAGAUACUGUUGUCACUCUUGCCAGCACAUCGGGGAAGAAAGACAGCAAAUUUAGUGGAUAUUUGAAGACGGCUGAGAUUUCAAUGAGAGCAUAUCUAAGGCGGCCGUGGCUCUGUGACAAUGUUACAGAUUCUCUGCCUCAGUCUCAGUACGCAGACGCUCAUAGCUCAGAUUUUCGGGCUGACAGCAGUCGAAUGUUUCAGAAGGAUGCAUCCCCCAGUAAACCUCAAACAAGCCGGAGGCCAAAGGACCAAACCAGCCAUUAUCUCCAGGACGUCCAGAGUGACCAGCUGCAGAGAGGUGUGGUGCUGGGGCCUCCGGGAUCUCCUCAAGGGGUGAAGUCUGUUUCUCAGGCACAGAAAGAUGACAGGCUGAAGAAGCUGGAGAAGAGGGUGGAGGAGCUGGCUCGCAUGCUGGACAUGGUCAAAACUCAGAAUGCGGACCUACAGUCACGCGUACAGUACCUGGAGGGAUGUGAGUGUGUGAGGCAGCGAUGUGUGUGGGAGGGGCGUGAAGUGGAGGACGGCCAGCACUGGCAGAUUGACCUCAACACAGUGUGCACGUGCACAUCUGGAAAGGUCACAUGUCAAGCUAACAUCAAAGAGUGUGAGCCGGAUGGCACGGUUCAUAAUGUGUCCUACAGUAUAGAUGGCUGUCAGACAUGUAUAUGUAAGGAGGGUAACAGGGAAUGCCAUCCCCAGUCCUGCCCCUCACUGGACUGCACACACACAGAGACUGUGCCUGGAGACUGCUGCCAGCGAUGCAGAGGCUGCAUCCACUCUGGUGUCCAGUAUGAUCAUGGAGCAAAGUGGAGGCCCAUAGAGAAUCCCUGUGAUGUCUGCUACUGUUUGGAGGGUCAUGUUCGCUGUGAGAGGGAGCGGUGUAACACCCGGUGUAAAAACCCAGCUGCUCCUCCAGCCGCUACCUGCUGUCCUGUUUGUGACGGUUGUGGUGUGAAUGGUUAUGACUUCCCUAACGGAGCUGUGAUACCUGGGGACCGCUGUCAAGACUGCACAUGUGUGAAUGGAAAUGUGGUUUGUUCACCUAUUCCCUGUCCUGCCUUGUCUUGUCGUAACCCUGUGCAUCGUGCUGGAGACUGUUGCCCACGGUGUGAGCAGUGUGAAUAUGAGUCCGAGGUGUAUGUUGACGGACAGAAGCUCCCCUCCCGAGACCCCUGCCUCCACUGCCGCUGCUCUGCAGGUGAGGUGUCAUGUGAGCGCAUGGAUUCAUCGUGUCCCACACCACACUGCAGUCAUCCAGCUCAGCGCAAAGGAGAGUGUUGCUACACAUGCAACGAAUGUGAGUUUGACAGGAGGGUGUAUGCUGAUGGAAAAGUGUUCACACCUGCUGGAAGUGGACCCUGCCUGCAGUGCAGGUGUAAGGGUGGAAAUGUAAUUUGCCGUGAAGAGAAGUGCCCCCCUGUCCAGUGCUCCAACCCCAUUAUAGACCCACAUCUCUGCUGUCCAAUCUGCAAAGCAUGUGUGUUGGAGGGGGUGGAAUAUGAGGAAGGCUCCAAAUGGCACCCUGAGGGUCCCUGCUCCAGCUGCACCUGUGUGAACGGAGAGACGGUGUGUACACACACACAGUGUCCCCCCACAGAGUGCCUGCAUCCCACCAAGAUCCCUGGCUCCUGUUGUCCAGUGUGUGAAAGCUGCACCUAUACUCAUCGUAUCUACAGCAACGGCCAGAGGUUUACGACCCCUGACCACCCAUGCCACAUCUGCACCUGUCAGCAUGGCAGCGUAGAAUGUAAGAGAAGACCUUGUCCUCCACUCAAUUGUUCCAACUCAUACACACCACCUGGAGACUGCUGCCCUAAAUGUCCAGACUGUUCCUUUGAAAACCGCAUUUUCGUGGAUGGAGAGGCUUUUCCUAACCCAGUGAGUGUGUGUGAGGAGUGUAGGUGCGUGAGCGGGCAGAUUGACUGCCACCAACCUCAAUGCCCUCAUCCUCACUGUAACGCACCUCUACCUGGAACAUGCUGUCAGAACAACUGCAACGGCUGCAGCUACGCUGGGAAGGAGUAUCCCAAUGGAGAGGAGUUCCCCCAUCCUACUGACACAUGCAGGACCUGCAGCUGCAUAAAUGGGAAUGUCCAGUGUCUGAUGAGGAGAUGUCCACCGCUGCCAUGCUCCAACCCAAAUGUGCUGCUUGGAGAAUGCUGCCCCCAGUGUCCUGCUCCCCCAUUGGACUGUGUGUAUGAACAGCGACCCUACAGACACAAUGAGCGUUUCUACCACCCUACUGACAACUGUCGAUCAUGCACCUGCACCAAUGGGACAGUUCAUUGUCAGCGCAAGUCUUGCCCCUUCGUUCCAUGUUCUCACCCCAUCACACAGCAGUGCUGCCGGACCUGCGAAGGCUGCCUGUACGAGGGCCAAGAGCGAGCUAAUGGCGAGACGUGGGAUGAGGCGUCAGACCCAUGUGCAGCGUGUGUUUGCCGUGAGGGCUCUGUCCGCUGUGAGAAGAAGCGUUGUCCACCGACCAACUGUAACCACCCAGUCCAGAGACAAUGCUGCAUGUCCUGUGAUGGCUGCAUGUUUCAUGGUAAAGAAUACCCUGAUGGCACAGAGUUUGCUGACGACAAAGACCCCUGCGGCGUAUGUUACUGUUACGGAGGCGAGGUCAUCUGUACCAAGACACCCUGUUAUGGAGAGUGCAGCCACCCGUACAAACCACCGGGACAAUGCUGUGGAGAAUGUGAACGUUGUUUCUAUAAUGGCGCCAUCCUCGCAAAUGGCCAGUCGAUCCCUGACCCAGGAAACCUCUGCGCUGAAUGCACCUGCCAGAGCGGUUCAGUGCGAUGUAUAAAGAAGUCGUGUCCGGCAGCUCGCUGUCCUCACCCUGUAACCAAUCCAUGUGGCUGCCCUGUCUGUGACGGUUGUCAAUUCCAGGGUGUUACUUAUGUCGACGGACAGAUCCAUCCAGGAGGAGAGGGCGGGUGCCAGGACUGCACAUGCUCAAGAGGUGAAGUGGUGUGUGCACCGAGAAGAUGCCCCGCAGUGUCAUGCCCACACCCAGCUCUGGACGGCUGUGCGUGUGGAGUGUGUGAUGGCUGCAACUUUAAUGGACGAGGCUGUUUCAACGGAGAACGGUUCCCACACCCUGCAGACCACUGUCAGCUCUGCUCCUGUCUGAACGGUGCUGUGGUGUGUGCACAUGUGUCUUGUCCAAGUGUUUCCUGUUUGCGUCCAGUAACACCUCCAGGCGAGUGCUGUCCUGUCUGCACAGGGAUUUGUCUCCAUCAGGGGAAAGAGUAUCAGUCCGGCUCCUCCUUCACUUCGCCAGCUGAUCCCUGCUCGUCAUGCUCCUGUCUGAAUGAAGUGGUGAACUGUCACAGGAGACCAUGUCCGGUCCGGUGCUCCCACCCGGUUCCCUCAGAUACCUGCUGCCCCGUCUGUGACUCCUGUCUGUAUGAGGGUGUCGUCCACCCUCACAGUCACACCUUCACACCCUCCUCCACCCCCUGCCAGCGCUGCACUUGUGUCAGAGGCACCGUCACCUGUGUUCCUCUUGUCUGCCCACCAACACCCUGUCUCCGACCAGUAACCAAGCCAGGACAGUGCUGUCCUGAGUGCACAGUGUGUACGCUUGAUGGACGGGAGUUCAGUGACGGGCAAACAUGGACCCUGAGUUCAAACCACUGCUCCACCUGCACUUGCCAGGCAGGGGAGGUGCACUGUGCGGCUCCUGAGUGUCCCAAACUGCCUUGUAUGCAUCAGGUGACUGAUCCAGGAGCCUGCUGUCCUCGCUGCAGAGGUUGUGUGUAUGGAGGAGAGGAGCAUCCUGAGGGCAGCAGCUGGUUUGCAGACUCCACUCCCUGUAUGACGUGCAUGUGUGUGGACGGGGUGACCACCUGCUCUGAGGUUCGCUGUCUGUCUCCCUGCAUCAACUUCAUCAGCGUGCCUGGGGAGUGCUGCCCUGUGUGUGCUGACUGUGUAUUUGAGGGCAGAGUUUAUGGUCCAGGUGACAGUUUCCAUCCAGCUGAUGACCCCUGUCAGAUCUGCACCUGUGAGGUAAUGCCAGAUGGAGAGCAACACCUAAGAUGUUACCGAAAGCAGUGUCCCAGUCUCGUGGACUGUCCUAAGAGCAACAUCUUGUUCUCUGGACCAGACUCCUGCUGUCCUGUCUGUGCACAGCCUCUCAGUAACUGCACCUCUGCACUGAUUGGCAACGAGGUCUUGGCAACAGAUGACCCUUGUUUUACCUGCCAGUGCAAGGACCUGACAUGGACCUGCCUGCACCAAAACUGCCCACCACUCACCUGCCCUCUCCAUGAACAGUUCAAUUCUCCAGACUCGUGCUGCCCUGUGUGUAAAGAUUGUGUGAUUGAGGGCCAGAACAGACGUGUGGCCAACGGGAGCAGCUGGACAGACAGCGAUGACGACUGUGUCACAUGUACCUGUAAUUUGGGCUAUAUUGAAUGCAGCAUUGAAGAGUGUUUACCUGCAGUUUGCCUGGAUGGUCAGAAACCCGUGAAGAUUCCUGGGAAAUGCUGCUAUGAAUGCCAAGACUCAGGGGCGUCGUGUUUGCACCAGGGGACCGUCUAUCACUCUAACGAACAGUGGGAGCUGGACGAGUGCACCAGCUGUACAUGUGUGUAUGGAGACGUACACUGUCACAGUGAACGUUGCCCUCCCCUCACCUGUGCAACAGAUGAGAUGCCAGCCAUCAUCCCAGGUUUGUGUUGUCCUCACUGUCUGCCUCGUCCAGCUACCUGCAUUGCCUUCGGCGACCCUCAUUACCGCACCUUCGAUGGCCGCAUGCUGCACUUCCAGGGAGCGUGCACGUAUGUCCUGGCACAGGACUGUGACGGUGGAGACUUCAGCAUUCAUGCCACUAAUGAUGAUCGUGGGCGUAAAGGAGUGUCCUGGACUAAAGAGGUGACCGUGUUUAUAGGAGACAUCACAGUGCAGCUACUCCAGGACUGGGUUGUGAAGGUCAAUGAUGAGGAAGUGACUUUGCCGUUCCUCAGAGAACCGUACAUAUAUGUAGAACGACAAACCAACACCAUCUUACUCAACACUAACAUCGGGCUGAAGGUGCUGUGGAGCGGCCGUUCACAUCUAGAAGUGAGUGUGCCGGGCUCCUAUAAGGGCCAUACAUGUGGCCUCUGUGGGAACUUCAACAACUACUACCAGGAUGACCUUCGAACGCCCAGUGGACGACUCAGCCUAUCAGAGUCUGACUUUGGCAACAGCUGGAGGGUCACAAACGGUAGCCAUUCCCUUUCAUCCUGUCGCCCCGGUGAGGAUGUCGACCCCUGUAAAGACGCAGGCUACCAGGCCAAGAAGGGGGCUAACGCUCGCUGUAAAGUCCUUAAGUCCACUGUCUUUAAGCCCUGCCAUCGCGUGGUGUCUCCUGAACCGUGGUACGGAGCCUGUGUGUACGACCAGUGUGCCUGCGGGGCCAACACUGAUGAGUGUCUGUGUGACACACUGGAGGCCUACGCCAGUCAGUGCAGAGAGGCCGGAGUCGUCCUGCAAUGGAGAAGCCCAUCUCUGUGUGCUGUGGGCUGUCCAGUGGAGAGGGGCUUUGUGUUUGACGAGUGCGGACCCCCCUGUCCCGUAACCUGCUUUAACAUUGAUGUACCACUGGGGGUUAUAGAGAGCCACUGCUUUAAGCCUUGUGUCCCAGGCUGCCAGUGUCCUGCUGGUCUGGUUCUACACAACAACUACUGCAUACAGCCCGAAAAGUGCCCUAAGAUCAUUCACGAAAACUCCCCAUAAUUCUCUGGACUGCUCACUUACACGUGGACGCUUACCUGUAUGCACACACACAUGCACUGCCACCUCUGAUAAUGGUCGAUACACUCGAGGACGGCAUUAACUGUCUAUUACUGUAUACUGAAAAUGCAACAGCAGAGGACUUGUGGAUUUAAGAUACUGAUUGAAGUGAAAUACUGCAUUUUUUCUGUUUCUAAGCAUUGUUAUAUGUAGCACUGAAUAUUUAUACUACACAAGGGGUUUGUCGUUUUGAUUUCACAAGUUCAUUGGUGUUGUCCCUACCUGUUUGGCUUGACACAUUUAUGAGAUAAAAGCCUUAAGAUUAUUUUAACAGUAUUAUUUACUUUUGAAAGACCAUUUGUUUACUGUGCAGGUUUAUUUCAGUACUGUGCAAUGUCUGACUAUAAGCCACAUAAUCUCAGGUUGCCACCGUACGAAUAAACAAAGGCCUCACUAAUAUUUGUGAUAUUCAACUUCUGUCAUCAGUAUGACAACUUUGUUUACAGGUUUGUAAUUCCUGUAUUAUUUCCUCUGAUGUUUGGAGAGAAAUGUGUAAUAUGGUCUUAAUUAUAUGUUUAAUAAUUUAGACAAAAGUGUUCAUGCGGUACAUUUUUAAUUAAUUUGUUCUUAUUGUUUAAGAAAGAGAGCGUUUAACCCUUUGAAACCUGAGCAAAUUGGUGUGAGGUCUCUCUAUCCCUUUGUCUCUAAAAAGCCUUUUUUGGAAUCCAUGUAUUGACAGUUAAUCACCAAAUCUUUAGCUCGGCCCUCUGUAAACUGCUCUAGAUAAAACAGCCUGUCUUUGUAAUUAUCCAUAUAAGAAAUCUCCCUCAAAUUGCAAGAAGUCAAAAAAGUGGAAAAAAGUGAC